CCCGUACGCUUUCCCUUUUCAUUAUAAAGCUCUUCUACUCUCUUCUCAUCCGAUCAAAAUAUCAAAUCACUAAUCACGCGUUUCUUUCGUUUUCAUUUCGAUUUCGAUUGAUCAAAUCAUCAAACUUGAAAGAUGUUAGCAGUGUUCGAGAAGACAGUAGCUAAAAGCCCAGAGGGAUUACAGACCCCACAACAAGAACCACCGGUGAAUGCACUCAAAGAUGGCCUUUUGUCCCGCAGCUUCUCCGCCGUGCAUCCGUCGGCCGUCACCAUAAAUCUCGCUGAUUCUGGUCUUAUCUCUUACUCCGUUGAUAAACAAAACCCUCUGCUUCCCAGAUUGUUUGCGGUUGUGGAUGACAUAUUCUGCUUAUUCCAAGGUCAUGUAGAGAAUGUUGCGCCCCUAAAGCAACAAUACGGAUUAAACAAAACAGCAAAUGAAGUUAUAAUUGUUAUUGAGGCAUACAGAACAUUAAGGGACAGAGGUCCUUAUCCUGCAGACCAAGUUGUGAGAGACCUCCAAGGAAAAUUCGCCUUUAUUCUCUAUGAUAGCACUUCAAAGUCAACUUUCAUAGCUGCUGAUGCUGAUGGCAGUGUGCCGUUUUUUUGGGGGACUGAUUCAGAAGGAAAUGUUGUGCUCUCUGAUGAUGUUGAAACUGUAAAGAAAGGCUGUGGCAAAUCCUUUGCACCUUUCCCGAAAGGAUGUUUCUUCACAUCAUCUGGAGGGUUGAGGAGCUUUGAGCAUCCUUUCAAUGAGCUGAAGGCAGUGCCAAGAGUAGACAGUUCUGGAGAGAUGUGUGGUGCUAAUUUUAAGGUUGACUCUAAUUCCAAGAAAGAGACUGGAAUGCCCAGAGUUGGGAGUGCUGCUAACUGGUCCCAACACUACUGAGCAAGGGCAUUUAUGUAAAAUCAUGUUGUAUUGGCUUUUCUUUUUAAUUUGAGACACCCUUCCUAGGGUUCUGAGAGACUACUCUAUGUGUAUGAAACUUGUGUUUACUCUGCUGUUAGUGGCUUGUAUUUUGUCACUUAAAAAGGAUAUUAUGUACGUUCUUGUGAGAAAGCAGAGAACUAGCAAAAGUUGGGAAUAAAAUGAAAUGAGAAUAUCAUAUUAAUUUGCAGGAACAAUAUUGGGG